GACUUUGUUUGUCAAGAGCUUUUGGAAGGGAAAAGAGAAUACAAUGUUCGUGACAUUCUUAAUUGCCAUUCAAGAACACUCUUAAAGACAAUCCCUACAUAACAAAUUAAAUCAGCAUCUGCAUUUCUACAAAAUCCCAAACAAGAGUACUUGAGAAGAUGGACGCAGACAGAGCGUGGGGAGCGCUAGGAAGGACCCAGAGCCGAAACUGGAGCAGCAGCAGGAGCAUGAGCAGGAGCGUGAGUCGGAGGGUGGAGGAAGUGUUUGGCGGCAGCAACGCCACUUCGCGGAGACAGACUAUCAACUCUGUGGAGGAUGAAGAAGCCCUGAGAUGGGCUGCACUGGAGAGAUUGCCAACUUAUUCCAGGCUGAGAACUAGUAUCAUAAAAUCCAUUAUGGACAAUGGAGUUCAUGAGAAUAGCAAUCAUUAUAAGGUGGUGCACAAGGAGGUUGAUGUCCGAAAUCUCGAUGAUAACUAUCGACAACAGCUCAUCGACAAGCUGUUUAGAGUUGCGGAGGAAGAUAAUGAGAAGUUCUUGCAAAAGUUUAGAAAUCGAAUUGACAAGGUUGGUAUCAAGCUUCCAACAGUAGAAGUGAGGUUCGAGCAUUUGACAAUCGAAGCCGACUGUUACAUUGGCAACAGAGCUCUCCCGAGCCUUACAAACACAGUCCGGAACAUCGCCGAGUCGGCUUUGGGUCUGAUCGGAAUCCGGUUGGCCGAAACAACAAAACUCACUAUUCUCAGAGAUGCCUCCGGUAUUAUAAAGCCUUCGAGGAUGACACUUCUAUUGGGUCCACCUUCAUCUGGUAAAACAACCCUUUUGCUUGCCCUAGCUGGAAAGUUGGACUCAAGCUUAAAGGUAAAAGGAGAAGUCACUUACAACGGGUACGAGUUGGAAGAAUUCGUACCACAAAAGACAUCGGCAUACAUUAGUCAGAACGACGUUCAUAUGGGCGAAAUGACUGUGAAAGAAACUCUAGAUUUCUCCGCAAGGUGUCAAGGAGUCGGGACACGAUACGAACUCUUGACCGAGCUAGCAAGGAGAGAGAAAGAUGCUGGUAUUUUUCCAGAGGCCGAGAUUGAUCUUUUCAUGAAGGCAACUGCAAUGGAAGGAGUUGAGAGCAGCCUCCUUACUGACUACACUCUUAGGAUUUUGGGACUUGACAUGUGUCGAGACACUAUCGUUGGCGAUGAAAUGCACAGAGGAAUAUCAGGAGGACAAAAGAAACGAGUCACAACAGGAGAGAUGAUCGUUGGGCCCACAAAGACGCUGUUUAUGGACGAGAUAUCAACGGGCCUGGACAGCUCUACAACGUUUCAAAUCGUGAAGUGCUUACAGCAAGUUGUGCACGUCACUGAUGCCACGGUCUUCAUGUCCCUCCUCCAGCCCGCUCCCGAGACGUUCGAACUCUUUGACGACAUCAUCCUCUUAUCGGAAGGCCAGAUCGUCUAUGAGGGCCCGCGCGAGCACGUAGUGCAGUUCUUUGAGAGUUGUGGGUUCAGGUGCCCAGAGAGAAAAGGAACUGCUGAUUUCUUACAAGAGGUUAUAUCAAGAAAAGACCAAGAGCAGUACUGGUCCGACAAAACCAGACCCUACACCUUCAUCUCCGUCACCCAGUUCGCCACCCUCUUCAAGCGUUUCCACGCCGGCCUCCGCCUCGAGAACGAGCUCUCCGUCCCCUACGACAAGUCCCGCAGCCACCGAGCCGCCCUCGUCUUCACCAAAUACUCCGUCCCGAAACUCCAGCUCCUCAAGGCCUCCUUCGACAAGGAAUGGCUCCUCAUCAAGCGCAACUCCUUCGUCUACGUCUUCAAGACCGUCCAGAUCGUCAUCGUGGCGAUCGUCGCUUCGACGGUGUUCUUGCGGACCGAAAUGCACGCGCGGGACGAGGAGGACGGCGCGAUUUACGUCGGGGCGAUUUUGUUCAGCUUGAUUAUCAACAUGUUCAAUGGUUUGUCGGAGCUUCCGAUCACGAUUCAGAGGCUUCCGGUGUUUUACAAGCAGCGGGAUUUGCUUUUUCAUCCGCCGUGGGUUUUUACCCUGCCGACGUUUCUUCUGGGGGUUCCGAUUUCGGUGGUGGAGUCUGUUGCUUGGAUGGCUGUGACUUAUUACACCAUUGGGUUCGCUCCUGAACCUAGCAGGUUCUUCAAGCAAUUUCUGGUGAUAUUUCUCAUCCAACAAAUGGCAGCUGGCAUGUUCAGGCUCAUUGCCAGUGUUUGUAGAACAAAUGUUGUAGCCUAUACUGGUGGAGCCCUAUGUGUUCUCCUCGUUUUCCUGCUUGGUGGUUUCAUCCUUCCUAAAGAUCAAAUUCCCACGUGGUGGCAAUGGGCCUAUUGGGUCACCCCUAUGAGCUAUGGUUUCAAUGCUUUGACUGUCAACGAGAUGUUUGCUCCUAGGUGGAUGAACAAACUGGCUUCAGAUAAUGUUAGCAGUUUGGGGGUUGCAGUGCUAAAGAACUUUGGUGUCUUUCCCGAAAGAAAAUGGUUCUGGAUUGGUGUAGCAGCUCUUUCGGGGUUUACAGCUCUCUACAACAUGCUCUUCACCCUUGCUCUUAUGUACUUAAAUCCCCUUGGGAAGCCUCAAGCUUUAAUCUCCAAAGAAGCAGCAAGGGAAAUGGAAGCAGAUCAAGAGGAAACUAAGGAAGAAUCUAGACUUAGGACAAACGGAUUCAGCAAGGUGUCACUCCCUCAAUCCUUAUCAUCUGCUGAUGCAAACUAUUCCAGAGAAAUGGCAAUCCAAAGAAUGAGCAGUCGAUCCAAUGCCAUCGGACUAAGUAGAAAUGAAUCAGGCCUUGAGGCAGCAAGUGGACUCGCUCCCAAGAGAGGAAUGGUCCUUCCCUUCACCCCCCUCGCCAUGUCCUUUGACACUGUAAAUUAUUUUGUAGACAUGUCACCAGAGAUGAAAGAGCAAGGAGUGACUGAGGACAAGCUCCAAUUACUUAGGGAAGUAACAGGUGCAUUUAGGCCUGGUGUCCUGACUGCCCUCAUGGGAGUCAGUGGAGCUGGAAAAACAACACUAAUGGAUGUCCUAGCCGGGAGGAAAACCGGUGGUUACAUUGAAGGUGAUAUCAGAAUUUCUGGAUUCCCUAAAGUUCAAGAAACCUUUGCUAGAAUUUCCGGAUACUGUGAGCAAAAUGACAUACACUCACCGCAAGUCACUGUUCAUGAAUCUUUGAUUUACUCGGCUUUCCUUCGCCUACCCAAGGAAGUCAACCGGGAAGAAAAGAUGAUUUUUGUGGAGGAAGUGAUGGAAUUAGUUGAACUAGAAAAUCUCAAGGAUGCCAUUGUGGGGCUUCCAGGAAUUACUGGUUUGUCGACAGAACAGAGAAAGAGAUUAACAAUAGCAGUAGAGUUAGUUGCUAAUCCGUCUAUUAUAUUCAUGGACGAACCUACUUCUGGUCUUGAUGCAAGAGCUGCAGCCAUUGUUAUGAGAGCUGUGAGAAACACAGUUGAUACUGGGAGAACAGUUGUUUGCACUAUUCAUCAGCCUAGCAUUGAUAUUUUUGAAUCAUUUGAUGAGCUUCUGCUGAUGAGAAGGGGGGGACAAGUGAUCUACUCAGGACCGCUAGGAAGGAAUUCACACAAGAUUAUCAAGUAUUUUGAGGCGAUUCCCGGGGUGCCAAAAAUCAAAGAAAAAUACAAUACAGCGACAUGGAUGCUGGAAGUGAGCUCAGUUGCAGCAGAAGUCCGUCUUGGAAUGGAUUUCGCUGAUCACUACAAAUCAUCUGCCUUGUAUCAAUGGAAUAAGGGUCUAGUGAAGGAGUUGAGCACUCCUCCGUCAGGGGCAAAAGACCUGUAUUUCCCAACACAAUAUUCUCAGUCCUCUUGGGGGCAAUUCAAAUCCUGCUUAUGGAAGCAGUGGUGGACUUAUUGGAGAACUCCUGACUAUAAUCUCUUGAGGUUCUUCUUCACCUUAGCUGCUGCCCUCUUGAUAGGAACGGUCUUCUGGCAAAUUGGCAAAAAAAGGCACAACUCUGGUGAUCUUACUACUAUCAUAGGGGCAAUGUAUUCUGCUGUUCUAUUUGUGGGGAUUAAUAACUGUGGGUCAGUGCAACCUUUAGUAGCUGUUGAAAGAACAGUUUUUUAUCGAGAAAGAGCUGCUGGAAUGUAUUCUGCAUUACCAUAUGCCUUGGCACAGGUUAUCACCGAAUUACCGUAUGUUCUUGUUCAAACUGUCUUUUUUAGUCUUAUUGUCUAUUCCAUGAUGGGCUUCGAAUGGGCAGCAGCGAAAUUCUUUUGGUUCUUGUUCAUCACCUAUGCCUCCUUUCUCUACUUCACUUACUAUGGAAUGAUGACUGUUUCCAUCACACCAAACCACCAAGUAGCAUCUAUUCUCGCAGCCGCUUUCUACUCUCUCUUCAAUCUCUUCUCCGGUUUCUUCAUCCCUAGACCGAAAAUUCCCAAGUGGUGGAGUUGGUAUUACUGGAUUUGCCCCUUGGCCUGGACUGUUUAUGGGUUGAUUGUGUCACAGUAUGGUGACGUGGAGGAUACCAUAAAAGUUCCCGGAAUGACGUCCAACCCGACUGUUCGAUGGUAUGUUCAAAAUUAUUAUGGAUAUGAGCCGGAUUUAAUUGUGCCAGUUGCUGGAGUUUUGGUUGCUUUCGCGGCCUUCUUUGCCUUCAUGUAUGCCUACUGCAUUCGAACUUUGAACUUCCAAAUGAGGUAGAAAAGACUGUCAAGUCAAUGGACGAAAUUUGUGCUGCAUACCAAGCAGCGAAUUGGAGUCGUCGGAAGUCAUAUUUUGAAAGAGAAAUGUUGCUCAACAAGCUGCAUAUUUAGUAUCAGAGUGGGUAUUAGAGAGAGAUUUAUUGAUAAGUAUUUAAUAACAUAUAUUACUGUAUAGACAUCGAAUACAUGGAUAUAUAAGGGAGGAAACUGUUGCGUUUUUCAGCCAAAUUUGGGCUGUAUCAUCAGAAUAUACAAGGAAAGAACUUGCUUUGUCUUACUCUUCUGUAGAACUACUUGAGGAUUUAUCAUGAAAAGGUAUUUAUGUUAA